AGGAAGGGAGAGGUAGCUGUUUGGUUCAUGUCACAUCUAGGAGCCCGCCACUGUACUGAACUGCAGGUGGAGGUACAGGGAUGGAACAUGGCUGGAUCUGAAACUCAACUGAUGCUGAGCGUUGGGUUAAUCGAGAAAGACGUGAAUGAAGAUGUGCUGUGGGUGUGGUGCUACCCGUCUGUCAGCGCAGAGAUGCGAGAUCUUCUGCUAAGGAAAUGCUGCCUCACGCUCGAAGGCUCCGUCCUGCACACCUUUGUGUUCGGCCAGUUCAACCGUACCUGGUACUACAUCACCACGGUGGAAGUGGAGGAGCCCACCGCUUUGAGAAAGGUCACGCAUUUUUCGACAGUUCUUACAGCAAAAGAUUUCAACCCUGAGAAGUAUGCAGCUUUCAGCAGAAUACUUUGCAGGAUGUACUCCAAACAUGGCAGCCCAGUCAGAAUGAUGGAGGGCUACAUUGCUGUGCUCACCAAGGGUGUGUGCCAGAGUGAUGAGAAUGGCUCCUUUCUCAUAAAGGACUACGAUGCCCGGAAGGCUUACCUAGCAGGUUCAAUCAAAGAUGUGGUGUCCCAGUUUGGAAUGGAAACCAUCAUCCUCUACACGGCGCUGAUGCUGAAGAAGAGAGUUGUGGUUUACCACCCUAGAGUUGAAGCACUCUUAGAGUUCACCAGAGUCCUCCCAGCACUGACGUGGCAUCGGAAAGACUGGUCAAUUCUUCACCCCUAUGUACAUCUGAAUGACACAGAAUUAGAAGCCCUUCGUUUAUGCACAGGGUAUGUUGCUGGAUUUGUGGAUCCGGAAGUAAGCAAUAGAUCUGACCUGUUUGACGUGUAUGUCAACCUCCCAGAUAGUGAAAUUACAGUUUCCCAGAGUGCAAAAGAGGCGAUGAUGAUGGGUAAACUGCACAAAGACAUCGGACUGCUCAUCAUUCAGUCUGCAGAACAUGCUGAUAAGACAGACGGACAGGUUAUAAAGGAUAUUUCUUUAAAAACAAAAGAGAUUCUGGCCAACCUGGUGUCUCUAGCAGAAGAAUGUGAGGAUUCAAAAAUCACAUUGGAGACCCUGAAGCAACGGCACUUCCCCUCAGCAACGGAGAACUUCCUGUUCCAUCUGGCAGCAGCUGAACAGCUGCUCAAGAUCUGACCAUUCCACCCUCUCCUCAGAUACCUCUGAUGUGAUCUGACCAUGUUUUCUAUCUGACCAUGUGAUCUGUCUUAUCACUCAAAUAUCACUGAUGCAUCAUAAGAGUCAAGUUAGCACUUGAAUGAAUAAGUAGGUAAAUCAACUUUAAUUGCACUCAAGUUAAGUUAGAACAUACUGUGCAGCUCUUACAGUAGUAAACAUGGGCACAACUGGUGAGUAACUGCAGAAAUUAAAAAUUAAAUUUAGGUUUGAAGGAGUAGGAAGAGCAAGGGAUUUUAAGGUAAUGGGGCUCACUCUAACACAAACUACUGUUAAAUAUGAGUGAUGCAUAGCAAGAUGUGUGUGUAUCUGUAACAGCUGCAGAUUUCAUAAGUGCUCCCUAUUACUAGCUAUGCCUUGUGUGUUCAUUACUCAUGAAUGCACCUGUACAGAUGAAUAUCUGUACUUGUUUGCUGCCAUGGUCACAUGAUGUGGUCAGGUGGUGAUGAGUGCCAUGACCUCACAGCUUCAUAGUCACAGGUUGCAUCCCAGGUCGGUUUGUCUGCCUAUGGAUUCUGUGUUUGGAUCCCGGCUCACCUGCAGCAGACUGACUGACUGGGUGAAUUAUGCAAUGCCCUUGUGGUUACCCUGUGAUAGACUGACUGUGCAGGUCAGGAGAAUUAUCACCGCACACUCUUGAGAAUCUUGAGAAAUGAUGAUCAAUAUAUCAUAAUUCAUAUAAUGUAAAUUAUAGUGCAUUGGUAAGCUAUACUGUCAGGUUAAAAUGGAAUGGUUUUUGAGGAAGCCAAAUUAAAAAAGACUAUAAAUCAGCCUUCCCCAUCUGCAGCAGCUAUGCCCUUAAAGCAAACACUGUCUCUAGUGCCAACUGUAUUAAAUAGUUUGACUGAUGGCCCUGUUGCUGUAUUAUGAUCACAACAUUGAAUAUCAUCAAUAAUAUAAUAGUAAUUACCCAGUAUUCUGUGACUCCCAGUGAGAGGAGACACGAUGAGAGCAGAUAGCAAGGUAGCAGUAUCUCACUGGAUUUCAACCAAAGUUAUUAUUUUUUUUUCCAUCCUGGUCUUUCAUGAGUGGGUAAACUUAGGGUAGAUUCCACUGAACGCACAGAUCAUCUUGUUGUAUCAUGACUCCCCCCCCCCCUAAGUAACCUAACUGAACCCUAUAGAUGCGCUACCUCACCCCAGUAGGUCUGACAGUCGUCUCGUCAGAUAAACAGUAUCAAGGCCAUCAGUCAAAUGACUUUAAAUACAUUUACGUAAAUGGUGUGAGAGGAGUCUUUUUUCCUACAGAGAAAGGUGCCAGUCAGAUUUAUAAUUAUAGCAUUAACGUGCGACACAAGCAAUAAUGGUUGCAUCACAGAAACAUAGAUUUGUGAUUGGUCAGAUUUGUGCGGUUGGAGAUUUCGGAAAAACUGCCGAAUGUGAGAUUUACAUGUUUAAGUCAGUAGCACGAGCAGGUGUCAUUGCUGGUGCUGUUCAGUGUCUUAUUAUUCCUCUGCGCUCACUGUCGGCUCCUGUUGUAACCUUUUACUUGCAUGCUACAUUCCCGCACUACAUUCCAUACUUCCAUGUCUAAUGAUCGGCCUCGCCUGUCCUGUAGCUUCACAGUGGUUGACAAAACUGCAUUGUCUCCUUUGCAGUAUCUUCAGUCUCUUGUACCCUAUUGUCAGCCUUUUCAAAGAUGUACCUUUUAAAUCACAUUGGUGAACUUCCACCCCUCCUGCUACCAGUGAACUAGCACCAUGAAAAUGGCUUAAAAAUUUCAGACUAUUGUUGAGUGAUCAGGUGGAGUUAAAAUGAUCAACAGUGGAUUGUCUCGCAGACUGUUUCUGAUUUAUGUUGUCUGUUUUUUUAAUAUUA